UGACUUUUGGUAUUAUUUUAUGUUAUACAGAGUGCUGCACAGAGGAGUUAGUGAGUACCAAGACAUAGCUCUUCUGGACACAAAACAUUUUGGCAAGGCCUUGGUGAUUGAUGGGAAGAUGCAGAGUGCAGAAAUUGAUGAAUUUAUAUAUCACGAGUGUUUGAUUCAUCCACCCCUCUUAUGUCACCCCAACCCCAAAACGGUGUUUAUAAUGGGUGGAGGCGAAGGGUCGACCGCACGAGAGGCCCUGAGGCACAAAUCAAUAGAGAAGGUGGUCAUGUGUGAUAUUGAUAAGGAGGUCGUCGAGUUUUGCAAAAAGCAUCUCACAGCAAAUCAUGAGGCAUUCCGUAACAUGAAGCUUGAUUUAGUCAUUAAUGAUGCCAAAGCUGAAUUGGAGGGGAGGAAAGAAAAAUUUGACAUAAUUGUGGGAGAUUUAGCUGACCCAGUUGAGGGAGGGCCUUGCUAUCAACUCUACACAAAAUCUUUCUACGAAAAUAUUAUUAAGCCUAAGCUCAAUAAAAAUGGCAUCUUUGUUACUCAGGCUGGACCAGCUGGGAUUUAUACUCACAAGGAGGUCUUCUCAUCAAUAUAUAACACUAUAAAGCAGGUCUUCAAGUACGUUCGUGCUUAUACGGCUCACGUGCCAUCGUUUGCGGACACUUGGGGUUGGGUUAUUGCCUCUGAUGAACCACUCUGCAUUGAUGCCGGGAAAAUGGACAAAAAGAUAGCAGACACAAUUGAUGGAGAACUCUUGUACUUGAAUGGUCCUUCAUUUGUGGCCUCAACAAUUUUGAAUAAAACUGUGGCCACAACAUUGAAAAACGAGACUCAUGUGUACACAGAGGAUAGCGCGAGGUUUAUCUAUGGACAAGGUGUCGUGGGUCGGAUUUAAUAUUGAGAUGUUGAAGAUUGUAUGUAUGGGAGAGGAUUUCAAGCACAAUGAAGUAGAAAUCAAAAUGUUCUCUUAAUUAGGAAAAUACAAGCAAUUGUUUAAGGUUGUCAUGUACUUGUGGUUCUCUCCUUUAAAACUUCCACUUAAUUAAUAUGAUUUGUUGAGUUUUAUUUCUAUUUUGGAUCAUUUGGGCAAGCUCCAAGCUCAAACUGGGCUUGAGAUUUAGCAUUUUCAAACUUUGUACUAUUUUUGUUUUCCUAGGCGAUCGCUCAAUAGUUAUUUGUGUAUGCUUCAUCGUGGCAAUGAAAAAAAAAAAUGAUAUGUGUUUGCA